UUAAAGUCGGUUUCUAGGGUCUGGAGACACAAGGCUGGUGACUGGUAGCAUUGUUGCUGCCAUCGACGACAUGGCGCAGUCCAUACGCGAUGCCGGUUUGGACCCACUUGCCAUUGAUUCAGAAAUCGACUAUGCCCUGCCGGUGCCUUCCAUCUUUAACGCAAAGACUGCACUGAGGGGCUUCCUCUUCAGUGGUAUCAGCAACAUCGUCAUCAACAGAAUGAACUACGCCGUGUUGACCUCUAGGCUGACUUUCAACAUUGAACUUCCCGAAAUCUCUACAAGCGUCGGUCUUGCUGAGUGGGAUGUUAACAUUUUUGAGAGGAACUUCAACGGUGUCGUCAGUGGACGUGUUGCUAUUAAGAACGUUGUCGUCACCGGCGAUAUUCGCGUGAGCAUUGGCAUCAUUACUGGCAUCAGCAUCAGGGAUAUGGAAAUAACAAUGGCCUUGGGAAGCAUUGACUCUAGCCUGAACGUGUUGCUGCAAGGAGUAAACAUUUCCCGUGGUAUCAACACUUACUUGGGCGACAUUAUUCCUGGAAUCCUCAAGGCUUAUGAAAGUGACAUCAACCAACUGAUAACUAUCGUCGCCAGGGAAGUCGUCGAACAAAAUUUGUAAAUAAAUAACACAUGAUUGGACUGAAUAUUUAGAAUAGUUACGAAAAAUGGAAUGUUUUAU